UUCCAUUUCAUCCUUAUUGCCAACCUUCAAUUCACAUCAAUGCCUCCCAAACUACGCGGCUCGCUCACAGCGAGCCUUGCGCACGCGGGUCGAGACUCCGUCACAGUCUUUUACUGUCCCUCCUGCUCUACCUGGCGCCGAAACACCAAAACCGCCCUCACUCUUGCGCGUCGUGCCAACAGCACCAUCGGCGUUGCUUCCUCCAACUCAUCACAGCAAUCACAGCCCCUAGAUUUCCGACCUCACACUCAUCCGAUACCCUCCACACCUGCUCCGCGACCCCUCAAUAACACCGUUCCUGUCGUUCAUGCCGGUGGCCGCAACAUCCCCCCACGGCUGAAAAGUCUCCACACGACGCUCGACCAGCUCAAAGAUGUUGCGCCCGAGCAAGUCAAUCUUAGUCGGUUGCAGUUGGCAAUGAGGGGCCUGGAGUCGGAGACCCCUGUGAUUCGUGUUGCUGUGCUGGGCUUGAACGAUGCCAGUGCGGCGCGCAGACUGGUGAAACUGCUGCUGGCAGACCCCCUGAACGGAAAGGAAAGCUGGGAGGACUUGCUGGAGGAAAUGGGUGCGGGGGCGGGAGGUUUGGAGAGAGGACUCUUGAUCCGUUACGGUCCAGUUUCGCAGAGCAUACCCAAUGAUCUUCUCCCGACCAUCUCGAUCCCCUCGCCGAUCCUGAAGAAAGGCAACCUGGAGAUCCUGAUCACCGGCCUGGGCGCGGAUACCCGUGCGAAUACCAAGUUCACAGCCGAUACAUUCCUGGUGCCGACGGUGACGAUCCAGACCUCGCAUUCGGGCCGGCAUAAUAUGGUGCGGUACCCGGUGCACCGGAGCAUUGUGUGCGGCAGCGGCGUCGAUGGAUUCUUGGCUUACAGCGGGCUGAUGGCCCGCUCGGAUCUCAAGAACGAGGCGGGGUCGGUCUACGGCGCGAUCGAGCUGCCGGUGACCAACCCGGAGAAGUACAACAAUGGACGGGUCGCGUUUGUGGACAUCGACAAGGCGGACGAGGCGUUGGCCAGGUUCCGUGAGUCGGUGCAGAACGCCUCGCUCUACGAACGCGGGUGGAACAGCAGUGGUGUGCAGCCCGUGGUUGAUUGGCUGACUGCGCUACGGGCGGAGGCGGGCAGCACGCUGGAUCCCUCGCUGCGCAGCCUGAUCACGUCGCUACUGGAUGCGGCAGAGGCUGGUGUCGUCGCGGAGGAGACACAGAGGAUCCAGGAGCAAGAACUGGGCUUGGUGCCAGUGGAGGUGAGGGAUGGGUUGGAUCGUUCCGUGUCGGAGUGGGCGGAAAAGGCGCACACGGAGCUCCGCGGCGCACUGGAAGAAGGGUUCGCCAGCAAGCCAUGGAAGGGUCUUGCGUGGUGGAAGCUCUUCUGGCGCGUGGAUGACGUGGGCAUGAUUACCGGGGAGAUCCUGGAUCGCAAAUUUCUGCGUCAGGCUGAGAGGGAGGUCAUCUGGACGGCUGGCCGGUUCCAGCAGGCCGGACUGGUGGAGACCACUCCGGGGUCCAGUCCAACAGAAGAACCAUCGUGGCCGACUCAGAUAUCCACACGACGGACCAAGCUGGUCGAAACGACGGCGCCGGCACUGCAGGCGUUGGCUCAGCGACUCGUGCUGUUCAGCAUGUCCACAACCACUCUAUCCUCGGCGCUGUCGAUCCUGACCUAUCUCUCUUGGCCUGCCGCGUCUGUGUACGAGACCUGCACGAUGGCAGCGGUUGGUCUGAUAUACUCGCUGCGCCGCCAGCAGCGCAAGUGGGAAAGCGCGCGGACCUGGUUCGAGAACGAGGCCCGCGAGGACGGUCGCACGGCUCUGCUCGAGACGGAGGACCAACUCCGUGGCAUUGUGCAGCGAGGCGGACGCCCCGUGGAGGAGGAGGUCCCGAUGUCUCCCCUUGAGACUCGACAGGCCAUCGAUCGAGCGCGCAAAGCUCUCGAGGAGGUCGACUAGAUACACCCUAGACUUUUCACCCUGUAUGUACUGUACCACUAUGAAGCAACAAAAAUGAAUAUCGUACAACAUCC